GAGAUAUUUGAAAUAGAAAUGAUGUCAUUAAAUUACUCUAUUUAAAUAUUUCUCUUGUAUAUACAGGAACAUUAUACUUGUUGAAAAUGUCAGAUUUAAUAGUUAAUCCUGAAAUUCCAUAUGUGGGUAAUGUAUCAGGCAAAUUGGAACCUGGUAAAAUUUGCAGAAUUCAGGGUGUAACGCUACCUCAAAUAGAUAGAUUCACCAUCAAUUUGCAAACUGGUCCCAAUGCUAAACCCAGAGACGACACGGCGCUUCAUAUAUCCAUUAGAAUAAGUCAAGGUUACAUAGCUAGAAAUUCUUAUAUUAAUGGCGAAUGGGGCGAUGAACAGGGGGCAGGAACACUAAAGAUAGGCCCUGGCCAAACAUUCGAAAUCCUUAUAUUGACGGAUACUCGAGACUAUAAGGUGGCAGUUAAUGGGGAACAUUUUUGCGAGUUUCCCCACAGAAUUCCUUUCGAAAACGUCUCCCAUUUGCUCAUCGAUGGGGACGUAAACAUAACGCUAGUUUCUUGGGAACUUUCCGUACCUGUGGCUGUAAACCAACCGGUAUCCGAACCUUCCCCGUUGAACACUAAUUCCUCGCAGCAGUUUAACGCCGGUCAGUACUUUCCGCCCAACAAUUACCAGCCUCAGCCGCAGGGACCUUACGGUGGACCAGGACAAUAUGGGCCCCCAGUUCCACCAGGUGCACAAGCGCAAUCAGAAUCAGGGUUUGGAGGCUUUUUAGAACAAGCACAGGAAGCAUUGGUGGGGGCUAUUAAAAGUGGAGCUGCCGAAAAACUGUUCAGUGGUUUAUUGUCGACUGGAGAGAAACCGGGUUACGCUCCUCAAAAUGCUCAAUAUGGCAUAUACCCGCAACUGCCUCCUCCCGACGACAACUUUGCGAGAAGUAGCUCGCAGAGUGCGCAAUCUCGGGGACCGCUGGAAACAUUCCUUUCCGGAUUGCUCUCAAACGCAAAUAAUCCUGAUCAAGCGAAUCAAAACGCGCACAUAAGGCCCGAGCAGCCUGGAAAUCCACAAUUCUACAAUCAAGCUCCCGCCGACCCUGGUCCACAAAGCUAUGGACAAUAUCCUGGUCCACCACCGCAGCAGCAACAAAAUAGGGGUCCGCUUGAGAACCUUCUUUCGGGACUCUUACCAAGUGGAACUAAUCAACAAGGAAAUGUAAAUAACCCUCCCUAUCAACAACCCCAACAGCCCCAUUUACCUCAAGUGGGAGGAGAGGGGUCUCUUGGUGGAUUGGGGAGUAUGGGAGGUCUCUUAUCAAAUUUGGCUGGGCAGAUCCUUCACAACCCAAAGGGCAAUUAAUAAUGAAAAUAAUUUGCACCAUGCAAUACAGAACGUACCUAUUCUACCAAAAGCAAUGCCUUAAAAAGUAAAUAAAAUAUUAUUGGACAACUAAUAUCGUAUAAUACUCGUUACAUGUCAAAUAUUUAUGGAUUAGAUUAAUUUAAGCUUAAUUAGGUGCAUUUAACUAACACUGAGCAAAUGAUUAGACAAACUAAUCUCGAAUUUUUAUUGUUGGCCUUCUUGAAUCUCAAUAAAUACUUCUAUAUAUUGUUCA